GCGAAGGUUGGGGCCCCGUCAGUCCAGAUCGAUUCGAUCUGACCCCAUGCUUCAAAUUCAGCAUGUUGCUUGGGGCCCUCUCGGCAGUUGUUGCGGCUGCAUUUGUGGCUCGAAUCGUGCAUCUGCGAACCAAGUGUACGCCACAUGGCCUAGGUACCACUACCUGGAUCUACUGGCCUACCCAAACCUGCAUGGCUUUGGCCGGCAUCCUGGCGCUGCUCAACACAGUACUCCGCCUCUGGUAUGGAGAUGGCACCCCUGCUGCGAUCCUCGGGUAUCUCUCUGUCGGUAUAGCCUGGAUCAUUGCUCUUGCGCUAAAUGAUGACGAGCAUCGGUACACCGUCCGUUCUUCAGACCUGAUUUUCUCAUUCUACGUCCUCUGCCUCUCCUCCCUGCUUCUCAUCUUACUUCCAAGCGCCGAUCUGCAGUCUGUAGAUAAUUCACAGCAUAAGAUUACCCUCGCUAUGGCGCCGAUUGUGUCGCUCUCGGUCAAGCGCACCAUCACUGUAGACGACAUUCAGAACCAGCUGCCAGGGUUCAUGAGGACCGUGCCCAGCUAUGAGGCUCUCGAGACUCGGUGGCGCCGGAACGUAGAAGACAGCUGCCCUCCCUCCAAAAAAAAGCGGGCCUCUCUCUUUAAAACCAUUCUGCGCGUGAACGCCAAGGGCAUAAUACCGAUAUUGCUCUUCAGAACCAUCCAACCAUCUCUCCUAUUUUCGAUCCCUGCAAUCCUCAGUCUCUUCCUCGAAUACCUCCAGGACCAAGGGACUGAAAGAGAAAAGAGCCCCGCGUAUGGAUAUCUCCUUGCUGGAGCCCUUUUUGGGGCAGCUUCCAUCAGGGCGAUUAUGCAGGCGGUCAGCCGGCAAUACUCCAUCCAGCUCAGUCUGAAAACCAAGGUGGCUCUCACGUCAAUGAUCUACCGCAAGGCGUUGAGAUUGAGCCCUGGAUCCAAGAACAAGUCGACCACAGGCGAGAUUAUGAACCACAUGUCAGUUGACGCAGACGUCUGGACAGAAGGCCUGUAUUUCCUCAGCAUGUGGAUCUCGCUACCUGUUGAAGUCGGCACCGCCAUGUGGCUACGAUGGAGCUUUUUGGCUGGUAUCGCUGCAUUGCUCGCUAUGACACCCAUGCAGGUUUAUCGUGCUCGAGUGUAUAACAGUAUGAUCAAGGACAGGAUGUCGGUCAUGGACGAGCGAAUCCGACUUACAACUGAAGUCUUCGCAGCAUCCAAGGUGGUCAAGCUGUAUUGCUGGGAGGCUGCCUUCAGGAAAAAAAUCCUCGAGAUCCGCGAACGAGAGCUAGUGGUCCUGAAACGGCUGGGCGUGAUCUAUUCGAUUAUGUCAAUUAUCUUCACUUCUUCAACCUUGAUCAUCUCCUUGUUGACCCUGUCUGCGUACGCACUCUGGGGAGGAGAAGGGUUUUCCCGAGGCAAGUUGACGCCACAGACGGUCUUUGUUAGUAUGACCUUGUUCGGAAUGCUCAAAACCCCGAUUGGCGCAUUGGCCGAGGCGACUUCGGAGACCCUGGCUACUAUUGUUGGAACAGAGCGGAUCGAAAGAUUCUUGUUGCUGGAGGAAAUUAAAGAGUCGGACGUCAUUCGAGAGAGGAGCGUGCCCGAGGACCCUAGCGUUCCAGUGGUCUCAAUCCAGGAUGGCACCUUUUCUUGGGUCAAAAGCGAAACGUCGCCAUCCGUCGAUGAGACUGUGGAUGAGGCCCAGCCCCUUCUUUCCGAAAUGGAUGAGGAUAGCACUCCCACGAAGUGCCGCCCGACCUUGGAGAACAUCAACCUAUCGAUCGCCAACAAGUCCCUUAAUGCUAUCGUUGGCCGAGUCGGCCAAGGCAAGUCCUCGCUUCUGAGUGCCAUCAUUGGUGAGAUGUACAAGGUCCAGGGAGAGGCCCAUACAAGGGGAAGAAUCGCCUACGUUCCUCAGCACGCCUGGAUCCUCAACUGCUCACUUCGCGACAAUAUUCUCUUCGGCAAGCCUUAUGAACAAGAGCGAUACCAGCGAAUCGUCCAUGCGUGUGGCCUGGAGCCGGAUAUCGCUAUGCUACCCGCUGGUGACCUGACCGAGAUUGGCGAGCGAGGUAUCAAUCUUUCCGGAGGACAGAAACAGCGAGUGUCGCUUGCUCGAGCUGCAUACGAUGACGCCGAUAUUUAUCUACUGGAUGAUCCAUUAAGUGCUGUAGAUGCACACGUGGAUCGACACCUGUGGCGAAACUUGAUCGGCCCCGAGGGUCUGUUGCAAGGGAAGGCUAGGAUCUUGGUGACACAUGGAAUCCAUCAUUUGAGAGAGACGGACACGGUAGUGAUGGUAAGGGAUGGACGCAUUGCAGAGCACGGAACGUAUGCCAAUCUCAUGGCGGCAAAGAAGAUGUUUUACGUUCUCAUCAAGGAAUACGCGCUCAAACACCGCAGGCAUUUUGAGAGUGGCGAUACACCAGCAGCAGUGGCUACGACCACAGCAUCUGGCACAGAGCGUAGUGAAGCAGACGCUGGGAGCGAGACCGCCAGUCAAGCAGAGUCUGAGACUGGCUAUGACGACGAUCAGUCAAGCAGUGAUGCAAUGGAUACCGCCGAAGGAAAUCUCGAGGUCGCGGCAAGCCAUGCAGAACCAAAGAUUUCUAUGCGCAUAGGAGACCAAAAGAGGAAAGUGAACGGCAAGAUCAUCGGAGAGGAAAACAUCAAGGAAGGCAGCGUCGGAUUCGGCCCUGCACUUGCGUAUAUCCGGGCAUCGUCAUACAAAUAUGCGGCAAUGGUGCUUGGAUUCCAUAUUCUCGCGCAGAUUGCGCUUGUCGCAACCAAUCUCUGGCUCAAGUAUUGGAUCAAGCGGAGUAACGAGUCCUCUAGCCUCAAUGGCGACCACCCAACGCCCUCUAUGACGCUAUUCCUCUCCGUGUUUGCCCUUUUGACAGUUAUCUAUGUCGCGAUGUACAUUACUGUGAUCUAUAUUGGGUUCGCACUGGCCAGAAUCCGCGCCUCCAAGACCAUUCAUUACGACCUUCUCUCCAGAAUUCUGCGCCUGCCAUCCUCGUUCUUUGAUACCACACCUCUAGGACGAAUUAUUAAUCGGAUCUCCGGAGACGUCCAAGUCAUCGAUGACGCACUUCCCUGGGCCUUCGAUAACAUGGCGAUGUUUUCUGUAAGCGUCACCACCAGCUUGAUCACCGUAUCCGUAACCACGCCCCUGUUCAUUGGGGCUCUUCCAUUGUUCUUAAUCGCCGUAAUGGUCAUCCAGCAUUACUAUCUGUAUUCAUCCUGCGCCGUCAAGCGUAUUUUUCAUGUGCUGAAGUCCCCUAUCUUCCAGCAUUUUAACGAGACCCUCGGUGGUGUGCCAACCAUCCGAGCUAUGCGGAGCCAGAACCGAUUCAUUACCGAGAAUGUAGCCAGAGUCGACGCUCAUACGAACGCACAUGUGACAUACCUAUACUGUAUCCGAUGGGUCGAGGUCCGGCUCCAGUGUCUGUCUGCGGUGGUCAUCUUGUUGGUCACCAUCGCGUUUGUGACCACGCGCGAUACCAUCGAUCCCGCCACAGCUGGCUUGGCACUGAGCUUUAUACUGACGGUCACGCAGGAUGUCAGCUAUCUGGUGAGAACGUAUUGCGACAUGCAGAACCGACUGGUUGCAGUGGAGCGUGUGUGCGAAUAUAUCGAUCUACCAACGGAGGCGCCGGAAAGGUUGUCGCUUUUGGAUGCCAGCCAGCAGUGGCCUCCAAAGCAGGGAAAGAUUGUUUUUGAGAACUAUUCGGCCAGGUAUCGAGAAGGUUUGGAUCUGGUAUUGAAGGACGUAUCGUUUGAAGUCCAGGCCGGCGAGUCCAUCGGUAUUGUUGGAAGGACCGGGGCUGGCAAGUCGUCGCUGACCUUGGCAAUUUUCAGGAUGAUUGAGGCUGCCAAUAGCUACUGGGCCAGGGCUAGCGAUCCAUCGUCUCUAGGCAGUGAGGUCGUGGGCAGAAAUAAUGAAGAGCUGCAGUCAGGGGGCAGGAUCCUGAUUGACGAUGUCGACAUCUCGACGUUGGGACUUGUUGAUCUGCGUCAAGCACUGGCCAUCAUUCCGCAGGACCCCAUCCUCUUCGCAGGAUCGGUUCGCGAUAACCUUGACCCGUUCCUGGAGCAGUCGGACCACUCGCUUUGGGAGGCACUCGAUCGUGCGCACUUGAAAACCUACAUCCAGUCGCUUCCGGGGGGAAUGUCGUUUGAAGUCGCACAGAACGGUGAGAACUUUUCGGUUGGCCAACGAUCCCUUAUCUGCUUGGCUCGUGCGCUGCUUCGCAAGACAAAGAUCUUGGUCCUGGAUGAGGCUACGUCUGCGGUGGAUGUGGAGACGGACGAGUUGAUUCAGAAAACGAUCCGCACAGAGUUCAAGGAUCGAACAAUCCUAACCAUCGCGCAUAGAAUCAAGACCGUGAUGGACUCGGACAAGAUUCUGGUACUGGAGCAGGGACAUGUUGUUGAGUACGACAGCCCUUCGGUGCUGUUACAACGAAGGGAUGAAUCGCUGUUUUACAGGUUGGCAGAGCAAGCUGGGGAGGUGUAG